UUUUUCUUCGUUUUUCUUUUUUUCGAUAAUCCUUCCCCUGGUACAUUUUCCAUUCCCCUGAGAUACCCUCAUUUGACUAGUCGCGUGUUGCAUUUUCUGGGUCUGGCUGGUUCAGAUCGUCCAUAUCUUCCCUCAUCAACUCAAGUAUUUCGGCCUAUACACCAAACCUUUCGAACCCGGGUCCUUCGAUUGUGAAACUUUCAGUGUCGUUUCACCUUCGUGCCUCCACCGGACGUUACUACCGCCUCGGCUGUCGUAUCCGAUAAAUGGACAUUACUCGCGGUGCUGUUGUCCAAGAUUCUUCAGUGACGUUCUCGGCUCAGCCGCGAUGCCCUUACUUGACGCCCACUCAGGUCCCUCAUAUGGCACACUCGAUCAAAUGGAGAGGCGCGAUCAGCACGAAGGAGAGCACCUCCUUCCCGCGGGAUACGAAAGCGAUGACCACAGUAGCGAGAUAACAUCUGAUGACUCGGUGCAGGAAGGGGUUCGGAAGAUUGAAGCCAUCAGCUUGACCUGGACAACAAAGUCUUUGGUUGUGGCUUAUGUCAGUAUAUUCCUUAUGGCGUUUUGUACUUCUUUAGAGGGCCAGACCACCAUGUCCCUCUCUGCUUAUGCAACCAGCGCAUUUAGCAAGCACUCAUUGAUUUCAACUGUUCUUGUUGUCCAGAAUGUCGUCAAUGCUGUGAUCAAGCCUCCCAUGGCUAAGAUAGCCGAUGUCUUCGGUCGCUUCGAAGCGUUCUGCGUGUGCAUUUUGAUAUAUGUUCUUGGUUAUAUACAAAUGGCUGCUUCGACCAAUGUUCAAACUUAUGCAUCGGCUCAGAUAUUCUAUUCCGCCGGUUCGACGGGUUUGCAGAUCCUCCAACAAGUGUUCAUUGCGGACAGCAGUAGCCUUCUCAACAGGGCAUUUCUAGCGCUCUUGCCAGAGUUUCCGUUUCUGGUUACAGUUUGGAUUGGACCAGCAAUAGCUGAUGCAGUGAUACACCAUUCGUCAUGGCGUUGGGGUUACGGGAUGUGGUCAAUCAUAUUGCCUGCUUCGUUUCUUCCGUUAGCGCUGACGUUAUUGUUGAAUCAACGCAAGGCUAAAAGACUAAACCUCAUCAAGCAAAAGCACACCCCUCGGGGUGGCUUCAUCGCUGUUGUCCGCCGCACGUGGUACGAUCUGGACAUGUUUGGUUUGAUACUUCUUUCGGCGGCAGUUACAUUGAUCUUGGUGCCUCUCACUCUUGCCGCCAAUGCUAAAGACGGCUGGAAGAACGACAGCAUCCUCGCAAUGAUUGCGGUUGGUAUAGUUUGUUUACUGGCGCUGCCACUUUGGGAGACUUCGAAAAGAUUUGCCCCUAAACCACUUCUCUCCCUACACCUUCUCAGACAACGUACAGCACUCGCUGGCUGCGCUUUAGCUUUUUGGUACUUCAUGGCAUUCUAUUUCUCGGUUCAACCGUAUCUUUACUCUUAUCUUCAAGUGGUCCAAGGAUAUGAUGUCGCUACGGCUGGCCGUGUGACGCAGACGUUUGCGUUUACGUCGACCAUUGCUGCUUUCUCAGUGUCCUUAUUGAUCAAAUACACACGACGCUAUCGAAUAUUUGUGACCAUUGGAAGCGCGAUUUACAUGAUUGGUCUUCUUUUGAUGAUGCUUUACCGCAAAGAAGGGAGCUCAUCAACGCUAAUUCUUGGGACACAGAUUGUGGUGGGUAUGGGAGGCGGCCUCCUCAACGUGCCUGUUCAGCUGGGAGUUCAGGCGUCUGCUAGCCAUCAGGAGGUUGCGGCUGCUACGGCAAUGUUUUUGACAUCUAUGGAGAUGGGUGGUGCAGUUGGCGCCGCGAUCUCGGGGGCCGUCUGGACGCACAACAUUCCGCGGAAGUUGCGGCGUUACCUCCCUGAUGAGAAUAAGGGGGAUGCUAAAGAAAUAUUUGGGAGAUUGGACAAGGCACUAUCUUUCCCUAUAGGGUCACCGGCUAGAAUUGCCAUCAAUCGAUCUUAUCAAGAGACUAUGAAUAAGCUGUUGGUGUUAGCGCUGAUCGCGACGAUACCAUUGAUCCCCUUGAGUCUUUUGAUGAAGAAUUAUAGGUUGGACAAAGUCAAUUCCGAACCAGUAGAUGGGCCUAACGGGGGCCAUCCAGCUCCAGACAAUGGACAAGGCCUAUUGGAAAAUGAAUCCGAAUCAGAAGGACACUCGAAACAACCGUGAGGUGGUCCCGAAUACUUCCAGUCUCUCCAACAUUCUUCGAUACGUGUUCAGGGAUACCACUAAUAUAUUUGGCAUAUGGGACAAUCUACCAUGAUUGUUGCCUGUCAUCUUGUACAGGGCGUUUGAGCCCCUACAUACUGCCACCGAAGAGGAUACCAGACUACGCGGAUGUCCCAUCCGGCCCGAUCCCGAAUCAAGCACUAUGUGACGUGUCCAUAAAAGGUUAUGCGCAUACGCGUCUGCCGCAUCUCCGGCUAGAAGCGCCGGGGAACUGUUUUCUUGUUAUUGGGUAUGUGAGUCGACCAGCAUUAUGCUCCCUCAUCCUGCGGGUAAGCGGAUUUCAGCAUAUCAAGUCGCUAUGUUUUCCACAGAGCCGUACAUAUUUCGAGUCAGCGACUACCCUAGAAGUCUCUUUAGGAGUUUAUAUAGACGUUAUGAGAUUAUGACUAGACUUAGAUGAAACGUUGCAAUGCACGUGCUUUCUUUUGGUGUUUUUC